CUCUGGCCGGACCUGCUCACAUGAGAGAGGACGACGACUUCCUGAGCCUGAGUGAACUUCCUGAAACGUUCCCCUCUGACCCCCCGGAGCCCCUCCCCCACUUCCUGUUCGAGCCGGAGGAGGGCUACAUCGUGAAGACCAAACCGGUGAACCUGUACUGCAAAGCCACGCCCGCCACCCAGAUCUACUUCAAGUGCAACAGCGAGUGGGUUCAUCAGAAGGACCAUGUGGUGGAGGAGCGCGUCGACGACAACUCGGGUCUGGUGGUGCGGGAGGCGAGUAUCGAGAUCACUCGGCAGCAGGUGGAGGAGUUAUUUGGGCCGGACGAUUACUGGUGUCAGUGUGUGGCCUGGAGCUCAGCCGGGACGACCAAGAGCCGCAAGGCCCACGUCCGCGUCGCAUAUCUGAAGAAGUCAUUUGAACAGGAGCCUCUGGGAAAGGAAGUGGCUUUAGAGCAGGAGGUUUUGCUCCAGUGCCGUCCUCCUGAAGGCAUCCCCGCGGCCGAGGUGGAGUGGCUGAAGGACAACGACAUCAUCGACCCGGCGGAAGACAGGAACUUCUACAUCACCGUGGACCACAACCUGAUCAUCAAACAGGCGCGGCUCUCCGACACGGGGAACUACACCUGCGUCGCUAAGAACAUCGUCGCCAAGCGCAGGAGCUCCACGGCAACCGUCAUCGUCUACGUGAAUGGCGGCUGGUCCACGUGGACGGAGUGGUCGGCGUGCAGCAGUCGUUGUGGGCGUGGCUUUCAGAAACGCACUCGGAGCUGCACUAACCCCGCCCCCCUGAACGGAGGCCUGCCUUGUGUGGGACAGGCCAUACAGAAGCUGGACUGCACCACGCUAUGCACAGUGGACGGAGAGUGGACCGACUGGAGCAAGUGGUCCGCCUGUGGGACGGAGUGCACCCAAUGGAGGAGGAGGGAGUGCACUAACCCCGCCCCCAAGAACGGAGGGCGGGACUGCGAGGGCCUGGUGCUGCAGUCCCAGAACUGUACGGACGGACUCUGUAUGCAAACGGCCUCCAGCUCGGACGCCGUGGCGCUGUACGUGGGCGUGGUCAUCGCCGUCAUCAUGUGCCUGGUCAUCUCGGUGAUCGUGGCGUUGUUCAUUUACCGUAAAACUCACCGGGACUUCGAUUCCGUCAUCAUCGACUCUUCGGCGCUCAACGGAGGCUUCCAGUCCGUCAUCAUCAAGACGGCCAGAUCAGCCGACCAGCUGACCGCUCCUCCAGACCUGACCAACGCCGCAGCUCUGUACCGCGGUCCGGUCUACGCCCUCCACGACGUGUCCGAUAAAAUCCCAAUGACGAACUCUCCUCUGCUGGACCCUCUGCCCAACCUCAAGAUCAAAGUGUACAACUCCUCCGGCCUGGUGACGCCCGUGGAAGACCUGGGAGGAGACCUGUCCUGCAAACUCUCCCCAAAGGUGACCCAGUCUCUGUUGGACCACAGCGACACCAUGAACCUCCGCAACCAAACGUUAGCUCGGAGUCGAGACCCAUCAUGCACUGCGCACGGCUCCUUCAGCAACCAGGGAGGGCAUCUGAUCGUGCCCAACUCAGGGGUGAGUUUGCUGGUUCCCGCUGGGGCAGUUCCUUUGGGCCGAGUCUACGAGAUGUACGUGACCGUGCACAGGAAAGACAGCCUCAGACCCCCCGUGGAGGACAUCCAGACCGUCCUGAGUCCUGUGGUGAGCUGCGGCCCCCCGGGAGCCCUCCUGACCCGGCCAGUGAUCCUCACCGUCCACCACUGCGCCGACAGCGUGCAGCAGGACUGGCUCAUCCAGCUCAAGAGCCAGAUGGCCAUGGGCGAGUGGGAGGACGUGGUGGUGGUGGGCGAGGAGAACUUCACCACGCCCUGUUACGUGCAGAUGGACCAUGAGGCGUGCCACCUGCUCACAGAGACCUUAGGGACGUACUGCCUGGCCGGUCAGUCCCUGGUCCCCGCCGCCGCCAAGAGGCUGAAGCUGGCGGUGUUUGGCCCGGUGUCCUGCUCCACGCCGGAUUACCACAUCAGGGUCUACUGCCUGGACGACAACCAAGACGCACUCAAGGAGGUGCUUCAGAUGGAGACGCAGAUGGGAGGAAAGCUCCUGGACGAGCCAAAGAGCCUCAGGUUUAAAGACAGCACCCACAACCUCAGACUGUCCAUCCACGACGUGCCUCAGCCGCACUGGAAGAGCAAACUCAUCGCUAAGUAUCAGGAGAUCCCGUUCUACCAGGUGUGGAGCGGCGGUCAGAGGAGCCUUCACUGCACCUUCACCCUGGAGAGACUCAGCUCCUGCUCCACAGAUCUGAGCUGUAAACUGUGUGUGCGGCAGGUGGAGGGGGAGGGCCAGAUCUUCAGCAUCGCCACCACACUGCAGGAGGAGGUCCAGUGCAUAGACACCUCCCUGAUGGAUCCCGCCAACAGCAUCACGUCCCUCCAGGGCCCAGGAGCUUUCCGCAUCCCCCUCUCCAUCAGACAGAAGCUGUGUGGCAGCCUGGACGCCCCACAGACACGAGGCAACGACUGGAGGAUCCUGGCACACAAACUCCACCUUGACAGAUAUCUCAACUACUUCGCCACUAAGUCCAGUCCGACGGGCGUGAUCCUGGACCUGUGGGAGGCGCAGCAUUUCCCCGACGGAGACCUGAACGAGCUGGCCGCCGUGCUGGAGGAGAUGGGUCGCCACGACAACAGCCUGGGCGCCGUGACGAUGGACCACUGA